UAAAAAAUUUAUUUUUUUAAUCGCAGUACUUUUGUGAAGAAUGAUUUUUUAUUCACGAUCAGUCGAAGUUGGUUAAAUUUUUAUGGAACUUUUAUUCGGUGUGAGAGUGAGAUUUUUCGAAAAUUUUUGUAAAAUUAGAUAAAUUUAUACUGUUAUUAUAUUACUAUCGCGUACGUUGCAAUCGUCACGCCUCAUCGGUCAUAAAAGCAUACGUGCAGUAUAGUGCGAUAGGACUAUCAACAGGAGACGGUUGAUAAUAUUCAAUGAUCGUAUGCGUUCGAAAAAAUUAAUCCUAUCGCUUGUUUGUCAUUUACGGAUACGUGCACAUUUUCUGGAAAAAAAAUGACAGUCGAAUUAAAGAAGUUUCUCUAUGGAUUGUUAACUGAUGUAGAAGGUUUACAUAGUAUAUUAAUUACGGACAGGGAUGGAGUACCUGUUAUAUCUGUAGCCAAUGAAAAGGCACCAGAGUUAGCUACAAGAGCAAGUUUCUUGUCUACUUUUGGAAUGGCUACAGACCAAGGAAGUAAACUGGGACUUGGCAAAAAUAAAACCAUUAUAUGCAUGUAUAGUAAUUACCAGGUAAUCCAAAUGAAUAAGUUGCCGUUGGUUGUUAGUUUUAUCGCUAGUCAUAAUUGCAACACCGGCCACGUGUUAUCACUAGAAAAUAAGAUUGAUCCUAUCUUAAGUAGUUUAAAAAAUGCGGUAGUGGAAGCCUGAUGGUUACCUGUUGUCCAUUACGGGUGAUAAGCACUGCUGAACACUGUUCAGAUAUGGAUUAUAAGGAUUGUGUAAACUGUAAUUUUUUUUUGUUUUUUUGAGGACAACAAACAUGUUUUCACAUUUUUACUCGCAUUUGUUCGUAAUGUUGUAGGUAUGUUUUCGAAAAGUAACGAUUAUUACAUAAUACUAUCAAAACGUAUUACAGAUCUCUUUUUGAGAAAUCCAUAGACAUACUUGAAGUUAGAAUAUUAUUUAUUUAAAAAAAAUACUAUACGUGUGAUAUUUUUUAUAAAAUCAUGUAUUUUAACUUUUCAAUUUAUGGGACUAAGUAAUUUUAGCAAGUAAUAAAUAGUCAAGAAUUUUUUUAAAUUGGUAGAUUUUAAAUAGAAGAAUAAAUUUCAAAAUCACGAAACUUCAGAAAACAUCUAAAUAUAUUAAUGCAGUUGUACAAUUUUUAAACAUAUACUACAUAGAAUCUUUUGUAAAAUUAUUAGAAUAUAAUAAUAAAUUAAGUAAUUGGAUUUGUGAUAAGAGAUUUUUAACAACAUUUAACAAGAUAUUGCAUAAUUUACUUUAUCAACUAUAUUAUUUAAUUAUAACUGAUACAUAUAAUUUAAUGAAUAUGAAUAAUCAAAUGGAGAUUAGGAUUUCAAAUAAUUACAUUUAUACAAUUUCUGCAGAAGAAUCAAAGAAAAUUUUAUUAAAUCAUACAUAAAAUUGAAUAAAUAAUCAUUUCUAGUAACAUUUUUGAAUAAGUAAAGUAAUAUAAGAAAUGCACAACAUGGAAGAAAUAUGAAUUAUUAUAAAGAGUAAACCAAGGCCUUGCCCUCAAGACCAUUGAGAAUAUUUUGCGCUGCGAUUAUCGACAUAUCGUUACGGGUCUUGAUUGUUGCGCUGCCCACAUGUGGCACAAUUUCUGUAAUUACCAAAAUAAAAAAUUGAUAUGUCAUGUAUGUUCUAAAUUA